GGCACACGCAGGUGGCCGCUGCUGCCACGAGAGCCAGCAUGACCGCGGCGGCCGGCGGGGAAGAGCUGGCGGGACUCUCCCAGCUGGUCCCCGACCUCCUGCGGGAGGCCAACGCGAGCGCCAACGCGUCGCUGCCGCUCGGGGACCUGUGGUGGGAGCUGGGGCUGGAGUCCCCGGAAGGCGCGGCGCCCGGGCACCCCCCAGGCGGCGGCGGGGGGUCAGGGCGCGCGGACGCCGAGGCGCGGGUGCGCCUGCUCCUCAGCGCGGUGUACUGGGUGGUGUGCGCGCUGGGGCUGGCGGGCAACCUGCUGGUGCUCUACCUGGUGCCGAGCCAGCACGGCUGGCGCGCGUCCUCCAUCCACCUCUUCGUGACCAACCUGGCGCUGACGGACCUCCAGUUCGUGCUCACCCUGCCCUUCUGGGCGGUGGAGAACGCGCUGGACUUCAGGUGGCCCUUCGGCAAGGCCAUGUGCAAGAUCGUGUCCCUCGUGACGUCGGUGAACAUGUACGCCAGCGUCUUCUUCCUCACCUCCAUGAGCGUGGCGCGCUACCGCUCCGUGGCCUCGGCCCUCAGGAGCCACGGGAGCCGAGGCCACGGCCGCGGCGGCGGCUGCUCCUGGGCCCGGGCGCUGUGCGCGCUGAUCUGGGCGGCGGCCGUGCUGGCCUCGCUGCCCCACGCCCUCUUCGCCACCACCGUCCGGGUGCUGGGCGAGGAGCUGUGCCUGGUGCGCUUCCCGGCCCGGGUGCCGGGCGGCGACCGGCAGUUCUGGCUGGGCCUCUACCACCUGCAGAAGGUGCUGCUGGGCUUCGUGCUGCCGCUGGGCGUCACCAGCCUCUGCUACCUGCUGCUGGUGCGCUCCAUCGCCGACCGCCGCGUGGCGGGGGCCCCGGGACGGAGCCCGGCGGCCGGGGGAGGCCUGGCCGCCGCCAGCGCCCGCAGACGGGCCAGGGUCACCAAAUCCGUGAGCAUCCUGGUCCUCGCCUUCUUCCUGUGCUGGCUGCCCAACCAGGCGCUCACCGCCUGGGGCGCCCUCAUCAAGCUGGGCGCGGCGCCCUUCGGCCGGGCGUUCUUCCUGUGCCAGGCGUACGCCUUCCCCGCCAGCGUGUGCCUGGCGCACGCCAACAGCUGCCUCAACCCCGUGCUCUACUGCCUGGCGCGCCGCGACUGCCGCCAGGCGCUCAAGGCCCUGCUGGGGCGCCUCGCGGGCCCCUCGCUCACCAGCACGCGCCCCCUCACCGCCUCCACCAGGCCGGAGCCCGAGGACCCGGCGCUGCACCCCCCGGCGCCCCUCCGGCCGCUCGCCGAGCCCGACCCGCGCUGCUACCCGCCGGGCGUGGUGGUCUACAGCGGCGGGCGCCAGGACCCGCUGCCCAGCAGCUCUGCCUGCUGA